GAGACAGUGCCAUGUUCUUAAUGCAGAUAAAGAAUGACAUAGUAUGAUGGUUUGCUUCAGAAAAGAACGUCAUUACAAAAACUGAAGAUGUGCAAUGUAGAAACUCACUAAAAAAGUAAGCAGUGCUGCAUGAUGACAGUAAAGUCAAACCAGCUCUCCUCUAAUGUUAUUUGUGACUUGCAGCUGCACCGACGUGAAUCCAGCUGCAGCUCAGUGCACAGCCAGAACCGCCUGCUGUAACCGGGUCGCCCUGCAGCCCGUCAUCACAGACCUGGUGCAGAGUCUUUUGCCAAGGCUUAGUGGGAAGGUGGACGUCGUCCUCUUCAAUCCUCCAUAUGUGGUCACUCCAUCAGAAGAGGUGGGCAGCAGAGGUGUAGAGGCGGCGUGGGCCGGAGGCGAGCGAGGCAGACGGGUCACCGACAGGUUCCUCCCUCUGGUUCCUCAGCUGCUCUCCAGUAAAGGCCUGUUUUACCUCGUCACCAUCGCCGAGAACAAGCCAGAGGAGAUUAUCAGUUUAAUGAGCCAGUUUGGGCUGGAAGGAGAGACCCGCCUGUCAACCAGAGCUGGGAAUGAGAGGUUGUCGGUCCUGCGUUUCCAUAGAAACCAGCAGAGGUGACGGGAAAUCAUUUCAGGAAGGAACCAAUAGUUUCAGGAGUCUGGGAGAUGUGACUGUAACCGACCUGAACACUGAGGCCCCAGAGCGCCCCCUGCAGGAUCUGCUGCACCAUCACCGUUUCCAGCAGCAAAUCAAUCAUCUGUUGGUCCAGACAGAAAAGUUGAAGCUGUCAGUGAAGCAGAUCAGAAGCUGAGCAGCAGAAACCCAGAAGAACUGGAAGCAUCAGCAGGAGAUGAACUGGACCUCUAGGAUCACUGAUGCUGCAGCUGAGGAAGAGGAGGACGAUGAAGGUGAAGCUGCCAUCCUCAGACUUCCUGUUUAUCAACCCAAGAAAGCAGAAAACCUGCAGAAAAUCAGCUGAAGAAGAACCACGAGGAGCUGGAGUCGUCCGGCGCCCUCUAGUGGCUGAUUGAACUACUGCACUGGGAGAACUGGACCUCGACGCUACUGCAGCUCAGCGGCUGGUUUCUCUCUGAAUGGACCAAUCAGAACCAAAGAGGAUUCAGCUCUGAGACAAUUAUUUACAACUACAUACAGUAGUUACACAUAUGUACAACAUGUUAGCGUUUCUAAACACUUAGAGUUUAGAAAACA